AUGUGACAUAUUGCGACGACCGCGCUAGAACGAAGAGGGUAUACAAAUUGGAAAAACGCUAGUAGUGCGCGCUCGUGCAAGUUUGACAAAAAGUUAGCUAAACAUGACUCGAAGCGCCGCUGUGCUGUUUAUUUUGCUCGGAUGUUUUUACCUGCUUCGGGCCGACCGUCAGAGCGCUCUGCAUCGCUUCAAGUCGACAGUUAUGAAGGUUCAAACUGCCAACAAAUUAAAGGAAAUCCUUCAAAAGAACAAAAUAAAUUGCCAGACGUACGAAAUGUACUGCUCCAAAAUAAUUGAGAAUUCCCCUUCGCUCAAAAUGCACCCGGAAGUGUACCAGCGAAGUUGCGAGGUUAAAAAAAUUGAGACCUCGCGUAUGCCACGAAGCCGUCGACUCAUCCAACGCAACAACUACGGCAACACCGUAACACGGGUAAAAUCACGAAUUUUUUAUACAAAAACACUGAGAAAAACGCUACACUGCUAAGGAUUACCAAAAGUGUUUGCGCAAUAAAAAUGCUUCCGCAGAAGAAUAAACUUUUUGUAGCUCGUUAGAAAUAAAAAUCCAACAAUAAUAACCCAUAA